AUGAGUAACGCGGCAGUGAAACGUGGUGAACGGGAGCAGGCGAUCAAGUUGGCGAUUAUUGCCAUUAAGUUUGGCAAGUCGUUACGGGCAGCUGCUGGAGAGUAUGGUAUACCCCGUACCACCUUGCUUCGCCACAAGCGGUUAAACGCUGGCCUGAUGGUGCAAGCGGACCCGCUACAUCCUACGAUAUCGAUGGAGGAUGUGCAAAUUUGUAAGCGCGGAAGACCACCGUUGUUCCCCGAGGAACCAGAACGGGCAUUCGAAAAGUAUUGCUUGCUAUGCUCGGACAAGUUCUUCGGUCUAACAUCCAGAGACAUUCGUGUGCUUGCACCACAAUUCGCGAACCAGCUGGGGAUUCCGGUUCCCGAGAAUUGGAUCGCGAACGCAAAGGCAGGCCCUGUUUGGUUUCGGAACUUUCUGCGCCGAAGGCCGAACCUGUCGAUGCGUUCACCCGAGUCGACCAGCAUAGCCAGAGUCUCUGCUUUUAAUCCCACAAAUGUGGGCUACGAUCUUCUACGCACAGUAGCCGAGAAUAUAACGUUUGAACCAAAUUCCAUCUGGAAUCUGGACGAGACUGGAGUGACAACAGUUCAGAAACCUCAACGAGUUGCCAGUCGCCGUGGAGUCAAACAUGUUGGUCGAGUAACUUCGGCCGAUCGGGGCCCGUUGGUUACGAUGGUACUUGCGGUUUCCGCCACUGGCAAUAAAAUGCCACCAUUUUUCGUUUUUCCUCGAAAACGUUUCCAUCCACACUUUCUGGAUGGUGGUCCAACGGGAUGCGCUGGAGCGGAGAGCAAUACAGGGUGGAUGAAUGCAGAUAUUUAUCUGGAUGUUCUCCGACACUUUAAAGCAUUUACGCGAGUGUCCAAAGAAAACCCGCUUUUGUUGAUUGUGGACAACCACGGUUCACACAGAAGUCUACCUGUAAUCGAAUUUUGCAGGGAUAAUGGCAUUCACCUACUCACAAUACCACCCCAUUGCUCUCACCGCUUACAACCCUUGGACGUGAGUGUGUUUUCGCCGUUCAAGCACGCAAUGAAUGUGCUGUGCGACGAAUGGACAUACAGGCAUCCCGGAAAGCCGAUGUCUAUUUUUGACCUUCCGGCUAUCAUCGACAGCGCUCUCGAACGGAGUGCCACGGAGCGAAACAUCAAGGCCGGGUUCCGGGCAUCAGGUAUUUGGCCCUUCAACCCGGAUGUAUUCACUGCAUUGGAUUAUGCUCCAUCAUCAGUGACAGGACCUUCCUUGGUUGACGAAAUAAUACCAGGAUCACUGCUGGACACUCUUUGCAGAAUCAGACCAAUCCCGCGGGCACCACCGCGUGCUACAGGCAGACGAGGACGAAAACCUGGACGAGCUGUUAUACUGACGGACCCCGCUGAAAUCGCUCUGAUGUGCACCACCAAGACCAACGAUAGUGGUGAUAAAGAGACCACCUGGAAAACCCCGCAAAUCACAGGCUGCAGCGGAUAA